AUUGGAGUGCGCUCCCGAGACGAGCUCGGUGUGUCGGCUGGCAUCCAGUGUGCUCGCCGAGGGGGCUUCGUGAUCAGUGGAAGCCUCCAAACCUCUAUUCCUGGUAUCUACGCCAUCGGAGAGUGUGCAAGCUGGGAUAAUCAGACCUUCGGCAUUAUCGCUCCUGGGAUUGAGAUGGCCGAGGUGCUGUCAUUCAACCUGACCAACCCAGACAAGGAGCCAAAAAGUUUCACGCGUCCCGACCUCAGCACCAAGCUGAAACUCCUAGGCGUAGACGUUGCCAGCUUCGGUGACUUCUUCGCUGAUAGAGAUGGUCCGAAAUUCCUCCCCGGUCAGCGACCAUCAGUCGCGGCUGAUGGACACCCCGCUGGAAACGAUCGAGAGGAGCCGCCCGUCAAGGCACUGACGUAUAAGGACCCGUUCGGCGGUGUCUACAAGAAGUACUUGUUCACGCUCGAUGGGAAGUACCUGCUUGGCGGCAUGAUGAUCGGUGAUACGAAAGACUAUCUCAAGUUGAAUCAGAUGGUUAAGUCGCAGAAGCCGCUGGAUUUACCCCCCAGCCAGUUUAUUCUCGGAGCGCAGAAAGAUGGAGAGGAGAAUGCGGAUGAUUUGGAUGACGACACUCAGAUCUGCUCAUGCCACAAUGUCACCAAAGGAGACGUGGUGGCUAACGUCAAGAAUGGAACGUGCAAGUCUAUUGGAGAAGUCAAGUCGUGCACAAAGGCAGGGACCGGAUGCGGUGGCUGUAUGCCGCUGGUCCAGUCAAUCUUCAACAAAACCAUGCUGGACAUGGGUCAGGAGGUUUCCAACAACUUAUGCGUGCACAUUCCGUACUCGCGUGCCGACCUCUACAAUGUCAUUGCAAUCAAGAGACUGCGGACCUUCGACGACGUGAUGCAAUCAGUCGGAAGGAACCCUGAAUCGCUGGGCUGCGAACUGUGCAAGCCCGUCAUCGCCUCAAUCCUCGCCAGUCUUUUCAACCAGAAUGUCAUGGACAAAGGCCUCCACGAACUGCAGGAAACGAAUGAUCGAUUCCUCGCCAAUAUCCAGCGCAACGGAACGUUCUCCGUCGUCCCUCGAGUACCUGGCGGUGAAAUCACCGCUGACAAGCUCAUUGCGAUCGGCCAGGUAGCGAAGAAGCACAACCUAUACUGCAAGAUCACAGGGGCGCAACGGAUCGACAUGUUCGGGGCGAAGAAGCAAGAUUUGCUAGAUAUCUGGACAUCACUGGUAGAUGCCGGCAUGGAGAGCGGCCAUGCAUAUGCCAAGUCCUUACGAACCAUCAAAAGUUGCGUUGGAUCUUCGUGGUGUCGGUUCGGCAUUGGAGACAGCGUCGGCCUAGCGAUCCGCCUCGAGAACCGCUAUAAGAGCAUUCGUGCGCCACACAAACUCAAGGGAGCAGUUUCCGGCUGCGUCAGAGAGUGCGCCGAGGCCCAAAACAAAGAUUUCGGAUUGAUCUCCACCGAGAAAGGAUACAACAUCUACGUCGGAGGCAACGGGGGCGCCAAACCCCGACACUCGGACCUGCUCGCGAAGGAUGUACCCCCCGAGAAGGUCGUUGCCGUCAUCGACCGGUACCUGAUCUUCUACAUCCGCACGGCAGACAAGCUGCAGCGCACAGCCCGAUGGAUCGAGAACUUACCGGGGGGGAUCAACUACCUCCGGGAAGUCGUCCUCGACGACAAACUAGGCAUCGGCGCCGACAUGGAGCAGCAGAUGGAGGAGCUAGUAGGCAGUUACUUCUGCGAAUGGACCGAGACGGUCCGAGACCCCAAGCGUCGGAAAUUCUUCCAGCAAUUCGCCAACACAGACGAGACCGUCGAGACCGUCGAGGCCGUCAAGGAAAGAGACCAAGAGCGCCCCACCUACUGGCCGAAGGAGAGCGCCACGGAAGACUUCAAGAACCACCAGUGGUCGCAACUCUCGUGGCAGCCGAUGAUCAAAGCCGAGUACUUCAGCGACGGGCCGCCGGCGAUCUCAUCCGCGAACGUCAAGCGCGGAGACACCCAGCUGGCUGUCUUCAAGGUGAAGGGCAAGUACUACGCGACGCAGCAGAUGUGUCCGCAUAAGCGGGCGUUUGUGUUAUCGGACGGGCUGAUCGGCGAUGACGACGCCGGGAAGUACUGGGUGUCGUGCCCGUACCACAAGCGCAACUUUGACUUGAACGGCGAGCAGGCGGGACGGUGCUCCAAUGAUGAAAGUAUGAAUAUUGCUACUUUUCCGGUCGAGGAGAGGGAGGAUGGCUGGAUCUACGUGAAGUUGCCUCCGGUGGAGGAGCUGGACUCUGUGCUGGGGACGGAGCGGUGGAAGGUGAGGAAGGGGGAGGCGCCGGAUCCGUUUGAGAAAUAUGACAAGAAGUAUAAAGGUAUCCGGGGGAAGAAGAUCGGGGAUAAGGUCCAUCAGGGGGAGAAUGCCUUGUCACCGCAGCCUAAGUCGAUCGACUGGUGAUGUUCAUUACGGAUGAUGGUUCUAAUGUCUGAUAUCAUAUAUUGCAUGUAUUAUGCCCGUUUCAAUCCUAUAUACCAAGUUCAACCAGAAAUAAACAGACCAAAUCUAUAGAUUCCUAUAUCAACUUG